UGGCAUCUUCAUGUUACAUUCAACAACUUUCAUCCACCACAAAAAGUCAAUCUCAAGCUCUUCCUCAAAUCUUGCACUUCUCAACUCUCUCUCCUCUUCCUCCACAACAACAACAACAACAACAAUGGCGUUAACAUCAUCCACCGCCAUGUCCCGUCUAUUUUCUCUCUCCUCCUCCGCCAUCUCCACCCCAAAAAAACCCUCCUUCUUCCUCAACUCCACCUUCACUCCAUCAACUUUCUCCCUCAAACUCUCUUCCUCCCCCAAAAAACCCCUCCAUUUCUCCACCACCACCACCACCCCAAAAAUCCACGCUUCCAUUUCCGUCGGUUCCAAACUUCCCGACGCAACUCUCUCUUUCCUCUCCCCAACCAACGACGUCGAAACCGUCACAAUAUCCGACCUCACUUCCUCCAAAAAAACCAUCCUUUUCGCAGUUCCCGGCGCUUUUACUCCCACCUGCUCUCAAAAACACCUCCCUGGUUUCGUCGCUAAAGCCGCCGAACUCAAAUCCAAAGGCGUCGAUAUCAUCGCUUGCAUCUCCGUCAAUGACGCUUUUGUUAUGAAGGCGUGGAAAGAGAAUUUGAACAUUGAAGGCGACGAUGUACUACUCCUUAGCGACGGUAAUUGUGAUUUUACCCGCGCUAUUGGUGCUGAACUUGAUUUGAGUGAUAAACCUGUUGGAUUAGGUGUUAGGUCUAAGAGAUAUUCUAUGUUGGUUGAAGAUGGUGUUGUUAAAGUUAUUAAUAUGGAAGAUGGUGGUGCUUUUACUUCUUCUGGUGCUGAUGAUAUGCUCAAGGUUCUCUGAGUUUUAGAUCAAUAACGGCUUAUUAGUUUCGAGUUUCGAGUUUCGAAUUUGAGUUCCACAUGUUUUUUCUAUUAGGUUGAAUAAAGAUUGUAUUAAACCCUUGAUUUACCUUAAUGAAUACUUGCUAGUUUUGGUAUUGGAAAUUGAGGUUGUGUUUUAUGUUGUUUAGUUCAUUGUGAAGAUUUGUAGAUGGGUUUACAAUCUAUGUUGGUUGAUUAGAGCUGUUUUGACUUGUGUUGAUGUAAUGAAUUUUUGAUCUUUUGAGUUCAA